AUUUAUACAAUACAACUUGGAAUACAUAUCAAUAUAAAUUUAUUUUGCGCGUUUUCAACGCGUUCUGCACGCGUUUUGCUCGCGAUUCUUGCAGUCGUUUCAGGAUGUGUAUGAUGACUUAAAGUGAAACGGCUGCAAAAAUAAUCCUUAGCUACGCCGCAGUCUGAAUCUGUGGUAAAAUGUGGAAGCAUCAGAUCAUUUAUUGCCUGGCGUUGCUCGUUUUUGGCCUAAAUUUACUGCUUGGCCCAGCUGAGGGCAGGAAACAGCAGUCAGCUGGCCAGGAGGGGCAACAGCAUCAGCACAAGCAGCAGCAUCGCAGCCACUCGAGUGGAUCAGCAUCCAAGCGCUUCUCGCGCGACUCUAAUGCGGCUCGAGAACGUCGCCCCAAUAUAGUGUUUAUUCUGACCGACGAUCAGGAUGUGGAACUUGGUUCACUCAAUUUUAUGCCCCGCACCUUGCGACUGUUGCGGGAUGAAGGAGCCGAGUUCCGUCAUGCCUACACGACGACACCGAUGUGUUGUCCGGCCAGGUCAUCGCUGCUAACGGGAAUGUAUGUGCACAACCACAUGGUGUUCACCAACAACGACAACUGCUCCAGUCCACAGUGGCAGGCGACACACGAGACGCGAUCUUAUGCCACGUAUCUGUCGAAUGCGGGCUAUCGCACGGGUUACUUUGGAAAGUAUCUGAACAAGUAUAAUGGCUCGUAUAUACCGCCCGGAUGGCGUGAAUGGGGUGGUCUGAUCAUGAACUCCAAGUACUACAACUACAGCAUCAAUUUGAAUGGACAGAAGAUCAAGCAUGGCUUCGACUAUGCCAAGGAUUAUUAUCCCGAUCUCAUAGCCAACGAUUCAAUUGCAUUUCUUCGCUCCUCCAAGCAACAAAACCAAAGAAAACCCGUUCUACUCACCAUGAGUUUCCCAGCGCCACACGGACCCGAAGACUCCGCGCCGCAGUACAGUCAUCUCUUCUUCAAUGUGACCACACAUCACACUCCGAGCUAUGAUCAUGCUCCCAAUCCCGACAAGCAGUGGAUCCUUAGGGUCACUGAACCCAUGCAGCCGGUUCACAAGCGAUUCACAAAUGUCCUCAUGACGAAGCGACUGCAGACACUACAAAGCGUCGAUAUGGCCGUGGAGCGGGUCUAUAAUGAGCUGAAGUCACUGGGUGAACUGGACAACACAUACAUUGUCUAUACCUCGGAUCAUGGAUAUCAUUUGGGUCAGUUUGGUUUGAUCAAGGGCAAGAGUUUUCCCUUUGAGUUCGAUGUGCGUGUUCCCUUCCUCAUACGUGGACCCGGAAUACAGGCCUCCAAGGUCGUGAACGAGAUCGUAUUGAAUGUGGACCUGGCGCCUACAUUCCUGGACAUGGGUGGAGUGCCAACCCCGGCGCACAUGGACGGACGCAGCAUCUUGCCGCUGCUGCUCAGUCGUAAUCGCAUUGUGCGAGACACUUGGCCGGAUAGCUUCCUGAUCGAGAGUUCAGGUCGCCGGGAGACGGCGGAGCAGAUUGCCGAAUCCCGAGCACGCUUGUUGGCGGAGCGACAGAGCAUGAAACUGGUCAAUAGCACCUUACUGGCGGACUUACUGAGCACAGGGGACAACAGCAGCAGCGGCAGCAGCACAAUGGCCACUCUGCUGAGCUCCAUGGCAACCACGACAGAGCAAGAGGACCUCGACGAUGACGUGGACACCGAUAAUGAGGAUGAUGAUGCGGAUGGUGCCAUGGACAGUUCAGCACCUGCACUUGACGACGAGGAACUGGAAGAUGCCGCCGCCGAGGAGGAUGAAGACUAUGAGCUAGAGGAGCAGGAGCAGGUGCACGAUAACAGUCUACCCUUGCCUCCCUACAUCACGAAAAUGAUGCGACUCAAUUCGGAAUGCUCGGAUCCUGCGCUGCUCAAGAACUGUCUGCCUGGCCAGAAGUGGAAGUGCGUCAAUGAGGAUGGACGUUGGCGCAAGCACAAGUGCAAGUUCCAUUUGCAACUGGAGAAUCAGCUGGCGACGAUGCCCCGCAAGCAAUACCAAAGGAACUGUGCCUGCUUCACCUCGGACGGACUGGUCUAUACCAAGAUACGGGCACCGACAGCAUCGCUGCACUCACAUCACCUGCACAAACGCACCCACAUGCAUCACCAGCAGCAACAUCAUUACCAGCAUCUGGGCAAGCGUCGCCAUAAGCGGCAAGUGGAGCAGGCGCUGGAACUGGAGGUCUAUCACACAGAGUUGCCCUACGAAAUGGAAGAGUUGCUGGAUCUGGAUCAGUCACUUGCUGUGCUCGAGGCACACGGACACAGAGGCAAGCGGGAUAUCCAAGCUCGACAGAAUGUGACUUCAAGCAGCUCCAGCUCCAGCUCCAGUUCCAGUUCCGGAUCCAGUGAUGCCAUAGCCCUGGUGAUACAGCAAAUCCAGAGCACGCUGGAGACACUGGAACAGAAGUUCAAUGAGCACGACCUGGACAAUGGCAGCAACAACAAUUCUUUGGGGCGUGGCAAUAAAUUUCUUAAGGGCGGCACUCGCUGUUUUGUGGAGGACAGCACUGACAAGGUCAACUGCUCGGAUGUGAUCUAUGAUGAUGAGAAGACCUGGCGCACUUCCCGCAAUCAAAUCGAUAUGCUCAUUAAGCUGCUGAAGGACAAGAUCAGCACAUUGAAGGACAUGAAAAAGCAGAUGCGGGAAAGCAAACAGCAGGCGGCGGCAGCUGGAAGACGUGGCGAGAAUCGCCGACGCAAUGAUCCGACGUCAUUCCAUGAGAGCCCUGGUCCCGAGUUCAACAUGAGCUACUUCACCGAGAUGGACAACACGCCACGCUCUGUACUGUUGCCAAACGUGUCCAGCAGUGGCCAAAAGGAAAUCCUUAAUUCCAUGGAACACUCACCACAUACGCCGCACUAUGCAUCCCGUGCCGAGUGCUAUUGCGAGCCGGAUGUGGGUGAAAGCUACGCGGACUCCAAGGAGAUGGCACGUGAGGCACGACGCAAGCUGAAGGAGGAGCGUCAACGCAAAAAGGAACGCAAGCGCAUCAAGAAGGCGCGUCUGGAGAAGGAGUGUCUGUCGGAGAAGAUGAACUGCUUCUCGCAUGACAAUCAGCACUGGCGGACAGCGCCCUUCUGGAAUGACAGUCCCUUCUGCUUCUGCAUGAAUGCCAAUAACAACACGUACUCCUGUCUCAGGACAAUCAAUUCCACUCACGAUUAUCUUUAUUGCGAGUUCACAACCGGCCUGAUUACCUUCUACAAUUUAACCAUAGAUCGCUUUGAGACACAGAACCGUGCCUCAAGCUUGACGCCCGCUGAGAGAUCACAUAUGCAUGACACCCUGGAACACCUGAAGAGCUGUCGCGGACGCAACUGCAGCAUACGCAGACAGCUGCCACAAUUGGGAAUGGGAGCAGCUCUGCAACCCACCGCUGUCAAUCACGUGCAGCGGAACAACAAACGCAAGCAUGCAGCCUUGUCGGCCAGCGUGGGCAACUUUGGAUUUGUGAGUAGUCGACUGGAUAUGGAUGUGGUGCCACCUGCCAAGCGGCGCAAGCUCUCCAAAUAUCACAGGUGGACUAACUCCCAGCACACACAUCUCAAGCGUCGUCCCUGGAAGCAACAAUCCCACAGAUACUUGCCCGAGCAGCCAGUGAAUGCAACAGCCGCCUAAAUGGUGGGCAUUAAGUGUAUCUAUUCAGUAUCCCGUGAACACACAUAUUCACAGCUUACCCAGCUUGCCACUUCGUAUAGCGCACUACUCCGGUCUACAGAAAUACAUACUUACAUACAUAGAGUGAUGUAUUCUGCGUUCUGAUAUCUUUUCUACGGAAAUAAGACUGUGUUUUUUUAUUCAACUUAAUUGUAGUUAUUAUUUUACCAUUGUGAGAACUUUAUUUGCUUCUUCAGCUUGACACGCAAUAUAAAUAAAUUUAAAUUAGUCCUUAAGUGAUUUAAUUUGUACAUAAAUUUGUAAUCAAAAUCUAAAACACACUACAUAAAUUAUUUAGCGCAAUUGGUUUAAAUUUUAUUUAAAUUACAUUAAAUUAAAUAAAAUUAGAAGAUGAGUUCACUUAGCCAAGAUAAAUCAAGUUAUCAUAGAGUUCAUAUUUACAUAAAUUGUAGUAAUUGUAUUUAUUGAAAAUUGCUAAAAACGCUACGCAAAUAACAAUUUGUUUUUGUUUUUUUGACAAAAAAAAAAACUAAUACAAUUGUUAAUAAUUUUAAUGCCGAUGUGCUGUAAUUUUUAAGUCGCGAGUAGCUCGUUCGUUUAGCAGGUAUUUUGCGCCCCUGAACAAAUAAUGUAUCUGCUGUAGAAAAGUUAAUGUCGUACAUUUAACAAACUUAUUCUAACAAAUUAAAUAUAUAUGUAUGUAGAAAUAAAAGAUAUAUACAUAUUAAAA